ACGUACUCUGUGGCCGGGGAUUACCGGCGUCUACCGUUGCUGACGCAGUUUCAGCAGUUUGGUUGUUUAUUAUUGACUGUUGCUUGUUAUGAGUUAAGACAUUAUAUUGGUACAUUCGGCCUUUCGGCCGAUUUGCCUAUCGGUUACUAUAAAAAAGUGUGGUGAAAACUGUGUAACGAAGCUAUAGUUUACUGAUCACUACGGCGGGGAGGCUGUUUUGCAGAAUUAAAAAUGAACAAGUUUUGUAAAGUUUGUGGCUAUGUUGACGAAGCGUACGAUGAAAAUCCUGCUAUCCAUCAUGAGGAUACUCCAAAACAUAUGUGUAAUUUAAUUUUACUAAAUUAUAAUAAUAACAAGUCCUACUUCAGUAAAAAUAAACAUGGGGUAAAAAUUUUUGGCCAUGCAGAAAGUUUGCCAAUGAAUACGGCACAUGUAAGGAAAGUUGAAAAUUGUGAUCAUCACAAGAUUCAAAUUGUUGUAAAACCACAUCAGCAAGUAAAGUUUACAUUUGACAUAAGUAAUGACAUGAAAAAAGAGGAUCUGUUUAUAAUUGGUGUUCAACUUGCCCACCCUCAACCACAAUUUUUCAUGAAAGAAAAUCCAUACAUCUUUGGAGAAGAACCAAAUGUCAUUGCCAAAAAAACAUCAUUGAAGGGAAAAGUGUGUAUAAUAUUUAAUGCAGCAGAUAUCGGACAGUAUGAGAUGCCAAUUAUGUUUACACUUUUCCGUCAAAGUGAUAAUAAGAACCUUAUUUUCAUCAGAGAAAUGGUAGUGUUAGUACAAGAGCACAGUGAAACAUACGCUACAAUAAAGUAUCCAUACACAGAUGGUAUUUUUGAAAAAUCCCCGUUUGCUGUCUGUUCCACAAGCCAUCCAUCAUGCUCGAAUUUCACAGUUCCUAAGUUAUUGAAGACUCUCUUGCCCCUCGGACUGGCGGAAAAUUCAUUAGAGGGCUUGAAUUUACCUACUGAGGAACGAGAACAACUCGGGCUAUUAUUGAAUUCAACCAAAAUGAUCUUCGAUGAGGGCUACACCAAGAGGAAUUAUGUGGCCUUCUUCCAUCAUCUCCUGUGGUGGGAAGAAGUGGUUGCGAAGAUUAACUUGCGGAAAUACAACAUGUUUGGCGUGAAGCUAUUUAAGAAAGAUGAGUUCUUUGUACUCGAAGUACCAGGCCUGGCUGAGAAGAGACCCUCUUUGUUGCGAGGUGAUCGAGUGUACGUCCGUUCACAAGUCGCGCCAGACUAUGUUUUUGAGGGCAAAAUUAAAAAUAUCGAUGAAAAUACGGUUUUGCUCUCUGCACUGGACUCAAGCUUUUUGGUGCUCUACCACCCCGAAGCAUUAUUCGACGUCCGAUUCAUAAUGUCGCGUGUGCCAAAAGAGCGGAUGCAUGAAGCCGUCCACAAACUCUUUACGAGUAAACAAGAAACAAGAGUAUUUCCCCAACUGAAUCCGAAGCAGGUGCCUCUUCAGAGGAUCACAAGAUUCCAUAACGACAAAAUAGCUAGCAACCCAGAACAGCGAGCUGCCGUUGCACACAUAGUGUCAGGGACCCAUGGCCUCGCCCCGUACAUUGUCUAUGGCCCGCCCGGAACUGGAAAGACUAUGACCAUUGUUGAAGCGAUUAUUCAGCUUGUGGUCCGAAACCAAAGGAAUCGGGUGUUGGUUUGCACGGACUCAAACAUGGCGGCGGAUCACAUCGCUUUGAUGCUUCUUCAGUAUAAUAAGCAACUCAACAUUACAAAUUUUCUAUUCCGAGCUAACUCGCAGUGCCGUGAAUGGACGACGAUGUCGCCAGAAUUAGCAUCAGUGUCGAAUGGUAUUAGCUUCGAGACGUUUUAUUCUGUUGGCAACGCCCAAGUGGCUACGUACAGGAUAUUAGUGACCACGCUGUUACAUGCUGCUAAAUAUGCAUCACUGCGCAGCCAGGCAAGUCAAAAACUCCAAAUGACCCAUCUGUUUGUGGAUGAAGCAGCUCAAGCGUGUGAACCAGCGGUGUUGGUCCCCAUCACAGGGCUUUUAUCUCCAAAUGGGAAGCUCAUUCUGGCUGGGGACCCUCAACAGUUGGGACCCGUUUGCAUUUCCAUGCAGGCGAAGGAAAGAGGUUUAGGCACAUCGUUGUUGGAGCGUCUACGCUCGACGUACACGAACAUAUACGAAUCAAACCCGGACUACAUGACAAUGCUUGUGCAGAACUUCCGCUCCGACCCUGAUAUAUUGGCCAUACCCAAUGAAUUAUUCUAUCGAAAUAAUCUAAAGGCCCUUGCCCCAUUGGACCCGUUGAGCAAAACCAGUAUCCUGGGCCUACCUGGCGGAGACAGUGCAGUUGUCUUCCACGCAGUUAACUCUCGAGAACAAAGAAUGGGAAAUGCGCCCAGCUAUUUCAAUGAGAGGGAACUGGAAAUGUUGAAGCGCUACACACAAGCCUUGCUGGAUGACCACAAUGUGUUGCCAAAGGACAUCGGAGUGAUCGCACCAUACAUUAGACAGGUGUACAAGAUGAAGGGCUGGCUCAACAGUAUCAACGUGCCCGACAUCGAGGUGGGGACAGUGGAGUCAUUCCAGGGGAAAGAGAAGAGGGUAAUUCUUGUGUCCACAGUGCGGGCAAACUGUCGUCUACUUGAGUACGAUGCCAAAUACAGCCUGGGCUUCUUGGUUGAUGACAAGCGUUACAACGUGACGUUGACACGAGCUAAAGCAAAGCUCAUAAUAAUCGGAAACCCGACUUGCCUCGUAAGAGACCAAAAGUGGCGAAAGUACAUGGACUUCUGUAAAGAGAAGAAUUGCUACUACGGCAUUGAAUCUCAGCAAAUUGACAGGUCUACCGCCCUUUUGGUGGAAAUCGCGAAGACUCGGUUUGACAAGUGCCGCCUGACUGAUGAGCUCAAGAAUUAAUAGACAGGUAAGGAAGAAGGGUCCAAUAAAAAAAAAAAUAAAGAAAGCAUAAAUGAUUAAUUGAACGACAACAAAAUAUAUCGAGUUGUCAGUUUAAUUUUAUAGAUUUUAUGCUCAUUAGGGAUUUAAUACAUGUCUAAUUAUCGAAUUACUAUAUAAUAUAAUCAACCCGAGACAUUGUCUCCUACAUAAAAAUUAUUAAGUGUUAGUGUGGUAAGAUUUUAGGGAAAAAAAUUGAUGUUUUAAAAACUUAUUACUGUUUGUUUUAACUAUUUCAACAAAAUAUAUCGUGUUGAAAUUACAGUAGUUAAAAGAAUAGGUUUUAUGUAUUUUAUUACACAAGUCCACUUUGAACCAUUUCUAUUAUACAAGUUUUGAUAUCAUUAAAUUUUCUUCUUAGAUGAUAAUGCCAAUAAAUAUAAAAAUGGCUAUUUGAAAUCUGAAAAGAAAGUAAAAUAAUAAUGAUUAGAAAUUUAAAUGUAUUAUAGAGAUUCCACAGAAAUUAAACUAACAUGAAAACUAUUUGUGAUCUAUAUUCUUCUAGACUUCUACAAAAAAUAUUUUGAUGGCCUUUUUUCUGAAAAUCUAUUGCUCACCACUAGCUAGUAAAACUUGCAUUUUUAUUAUUUCCAAAUAGCUGAGUUUGUAUCUUGUAUUCCUAAAAUAACAAUUACAGUAUUGUAUUUUCAUUUUUAUAUCUGACUGACAUUGAUUUAAAAAUUUUUUAGUCUAAUCACCGAUCAGCUCUCUUUAUUUCACCCUGUCACAAGGUAAUAUAUUGUGAUAUUUGUUAUAAUGGUUUUAAAACCUAUAGCAUUAGUAUAUUAUGUAGUAUUAUAUUAUUUAGAAUAUAAGAAAUACAUUAUUUUUUAUGGACAGCUUUAUUGUCAUUUGGGAAUUUAUAUUGUGGUUGAACAUUAAAGUUGACUUGAAUUAUUUUAUUAAAAAGAAAUUACGAUUCAAAAUGAUUUUAUGUGUACUUAUACCAAUUAGUUAUAUAUAAAAAUUGUUUUGAUUGUUGUUAUUCAAUUUUGUACUGGUAAUUCCAAUUUAUAAAUACUAUUUGCCCUUACACCAAAUUAAUCUUUAUUCAUUUAAAAGAGCUAAAUAUCUGUAUUCUUUCCUUCUGCUCUGUUUGCCAUACUAUUUGCUCAUUUAAUGACUAAAGAUUAUUUGAGUUUCCACUACAUGUUGAUGAUGAAAUUACUAUGCUAGUAAUCUUUUCUUGUUAAAUAUCUUGAUACAUUACCAUGGGCCAGUCUAUUGAUGCUUAUUAUUAACAUUUUAGUUUCAUAGUCAACAAUUUGGUUUGAAAUAAUAUAACAGGGUUUUUUAGUAAUGUAACUGUAUUGGUGACCAAAUAUAAAAUUUAAUUAUUACAUUUAUUUUAUAAAAACUCUUUUACUAUAUUAUUUUUUUUAUUUGGUUGUCAACAGAAUAUGUAAUAAGUAUUUGGUACUGUGAUUUUUAAUUAAUUGUUGUAAGUAGAUAUAAUUUUUUUUAAUAAAUGGUUUAAGUAUA